AUGGAAGACAUAAACAGCUUCCUUUGUCUAUUUUCACUGGCCUUCCUGACCAGGGCAGGUAAACUAAUCAGUGAAGAUGCCAAGACUAUGGAUGAUGUCAAGUCCAUGAUCUAUCAACUCUACUCCACCCUCCACGUGGAGCAACAUCAGCUGGAGAAGGAGAAGAUCUUAAGAGGCAAGCUUGAGCAGCUUCAGGAAGAACUGGAGCCGUUAGAACGGAUUAAAACUGCCCUCGAUAUGAAAGCCAAGAAGAACACCAAUGUGUAUGUCUGGGGUGGCCUGGGUUUCAUGGCUGUCCAGUUCGGUCUACUAGCUCGUCUAACAUGGUGGGAAUACUCUUGGGAUAUCGUAGAACCUAUCACCUACUUCGUUACCUACGGAACGGCAAUCGCUGCAUAUGCCUACUAUGUAGUCACUCGCCAGGAAUUCCUCUAUCCGGAUGCAAAGGAUCGUAAAUACCUUGUCCUGUUUCACAAGUAUUCUAAGAGGAAAAGUCUGGAUCUAGAGAAAUACAACCAGCUUAAAGAUGAUGUUGCUCAGGUGAACGCCGAUCUUCAGCGGCUACGAGAUCCGUUGACCAUCAACCUUCCGAUCCCUCCACCUCCUAGGGAAAAGGCACAAGAGGAGGAUUUUUGAGUUACCAUGGUAACAUACAAGUUAAUAAAACAAUAGACCAAAAUUAUCUACAAGUGUAUUUCACAACCAUUUACAGAUUGUUGGAUAUUAAUAUCAAGGAUUAUAAAGAAUGUUGUUUUCUUAUGGAAUAGAAUUAGUGAUCUUUAUCUUUAUAUUUCUCAUCCAAGAUGUAGAACCUUCUGGUUUGAGGAUGACAUCCUUACUGUAUAUGAAUAAGAAAGAAAACACAGCAUUAAGUGAGAGAAGAUGAUGUGUCAUGGGCUAGAUUGUAAAAUCUAAAACACCUAAUAUUCAAGACUCUGCCAAAUUAAUCAUUGAUUUUUAUUAAUUUACAAUCUAUCACCAGAAAAGGUUAAUUUUGGACAAAGUGCUUGUUAAGAUUCAUUUGUUUGCGGGCUUGUGACGUAACUAACUUUUAUGCAAAGCUGUGAUUAGUAUGGGUUUGGAAUACAAUGGUCUGUUCAACAUUUAAUAUUUUAAAGUAUUCAUUGUCUAUGUUUAAAGUUCUUUUAAAUGUACACGACAUGAGAUUGUUUUUAUUAAGAUAGGAGAUAAAAAAGCAUAACAGUAUAGUUAAGUUGUAUUUUAUUUAUUGUUCAGUACAGAAACGUCUUAUAUCGUCAUCAUUAGGAUUCAAUGAUGUAUUCCCAUUUUCUUGUCAUUACAUUACAGGUUUAGUUAUAUUAAUUGAUAAUGCUGGUAAAAUGAUGUAUAUUCUCCCAUUUAGUCUCGGUGUCAUUUUAUUUAACAACAUUUAUGGCCAGAAGUCAUGAAGGUGGGUUAACCUGUGUACUACUGAAUUCUGUAAUUCCCAUAUGCUUUGUACAGGGAUCACCUGGUUCCAGUAGGCAAUGGGUUAAUAUUAACCAGUGUUAUGUCAAAGGUUACAUGUAGAAUGCCAAGGUCAGAAUGUCCAUGGCUGAAUCCUGACCGUCAUAGGCAAAAGCCGAAGUGUCCAAGACCAACGACUAGCUUUUCAAGGGCAAGGACGAGUCCUUGGUCAUGGUCAAGGACAAGUCCAAGGCCACAUAAUUGGCCUCAGAGGUUUAAUGACGGCCUCAAGGUGCUCAAAAAAUGGUAUUCAAUUUGCAUUUUAUGAAGGUGGUUCAGUUCACCCAUGGUUUAAGGCAGGUCCUUUGAUGUAUUAAAAUGACUUGUAAAAUGAUGUGCUCACACAUACUUUGACCCAUAAAUUUCCAGUUGUGGUAAUGAUUUCAAAAUGAGUUCAUACAGAAUCCAUUAAAAUGACCACCCAAGUGUAUUUACAUUAUGUAUGAAUGAAAAUUAGUGCCAAAAGAUUCUUGAAGAUAUUGCUGUAAAAUCAGCAAAUUAGCAUGGGAUUCGAGUCAAAUGUCUGGUCUUUUUCCAAGCAAUAAUAAUACUGCCAUCCCUGUCCCACAUUUGCUUACCUGUUUUGGCAAUCACCAGUGUGAUCUUUUUUAGCUUAGAU